AUGUUUGUGAUGCUGUCAGUUCGCACAACAACCUCCGUUCGUGAACGGCACGCCGAAACGGUCCAGAAGGCAAUCAACAUCAACCAACUCAUUCGCAACAUCAGCAACCGAAAGCACCCUCGGACCGUUGAACCAUCGAAGCGCCCGCCGCAGCAACCGGAGCAGCCAGCGCAGCAACCGGACCAACCCGAGACAACUAUCAGCAGCAUCAUCAAACGGACCAAGUACCACAACCGUCGCAGCAGCAACGCCAGCAGUGGAGCACGGGAGAGUCCAGCCAGACCGGAGCUCAACAACGCCAAGCAAAACAGCGGGAGUAGCGGUAGCAGCAGUACCAGCAGCAGCAUCAGCUGUGGUGAUACGCCGGAGAUUGGAUACCAGCAGCAACAGCAGAAGCCGAAGACGAUCAACAUCGAGCGGAACUGCAACAGCAUCCGGCGGGUGACGGAGAAGAUCGACAAAACCGUGCACCUCAUCGGAACCGUUGUGCCUAUCGUGACCGGGGGAAAACCGACCGGCGAUAAGCAACACCAGCACCAGCACCAACACGAGCAGCAACCGGUGACACUGUGUACCAUCUCGCAGCCGAGCAAGUACCAGCUGCCGAGCGAAAUCCGCGAACUGUCCGUCGAGCUCGCCAAGCCCAGCCAGUUCGAGCAGAGCUGUGCCGCCGUCAAAGUUCAGACCGAGCUCGUCCUAGCGGCAACCGUCGGGCCCACGAUCAGGACGCUGACGGCCAAGGUCGCCACGGUGAAGUCUGCCCCGCCGACCGCCACCGGCUAUUCGAUUGCCCCGCCCGAUCAGCCACAACAGCAGCAGCAGCAGCAUCAUAGCAACGCUGCCAGCAAUCUCAACGUCAACCAGCAGUCCGACGCCACCGACAAGGGCAAGUCAAAGUUUCUGCUGCCGGAACUGAACAACUUUCGGAAACCACCAACUGUACAGGUACCUGUGGCAACUAUACUGAACGACCUUAGCCCAGUGCCUGCGCCAGUCAAAGUUACCAAUAAAAUUACCAACUCAAACCCUAUGAGUCCUAUGACCCCCGCCGGGCUACAGAGUAACUCGCCGGACGUUAAGGCCAUGCGGUACUACAGAUUGUGGAUAUACACAUGCAACGCUGUGCUCCUGAUGGCAGUCAUUGUAUUCUGUGGCGUUGCUGGUAAGAUUCUACUCUCCGACUACAAGCGCCUGCUAGUGAACGGAUUAAGUCUGACGCAGCCCAGUUUCAUUUAUGCUUACUUGGCUUUGCUGGUGCAAUCAGGUUUCCUACAACUGAUAGGGUGUCUCGGUGCCUUAAGACUGUCGGAGAAAUUGUUAAACGCUUACUGGUUACUUUUACUCGUAUUGUUGAUAGGGGACGCCAUGUUAGGCAUUUUUUGGAUGUUCAAAUUCGACAAGGUCAUACAUGACCUCCAGCCAAUGCUGAGAUACCGCUUAGCGCAUGAAUAUGGAAAUUCGCCCGAACUGACCGAACUCUGGGAUCGGCUGCAGAACGAGGGACGAUGCUGCGGAGUCACCGGACCGCAAGACUUCGCUCUGAACGCCAACCGAACGUACCCGACGUCCUGCUGCACGUCGGACAUUACCGAGCAGAUCAGCAUAGGGCGUCGUCCGCUGGCGUCGGCCAUCGUGUUCCGGGGUGCGGACGACCCGACGGCGGCGGUCGCGGCGGCCACCGAACUCGCGGCCAGCACCCUCAAGGACACGCUGCUGAUGAGCCGCAACUUCAGCGACCUCAGUGAUUCCUGGAGCCUCAUAACGGCACCCAGCAGCAGUAGUAGUACCAGUGGUACGAGCGGAAGCAGUACGAGUGAGGCCAGCGGUAGCAUCUUCGACAGCACGUUACCCGACGUGGCGGACAGUAUAGCAGCGGCCGGCCAAAGCGAUAGCGGUAGCAGCAGUAGUGAUAGUAGUUCCUUCAGCAUCGCCAGUUCCACCCACGGCAGCAGUGGGAACAGCUUCAGUUCCACGACCGGCAGCACGUCCGGCGGCAGUGGGAGCCCGGUGGGGGUCAGCGGUAGCAACUUCGUUUCCGGUGGCGAAACGGAGGAAAUCAAAACGAUAGUAACGUGUCGGGCGGUCUAUCCACAGGGCUGUGCGGAUCGGAUCGUGUCCUGGCUUCGACACACGGCCGACAUACUGUUCGUACUCGGCUACUGUGUGAUAGCGUUCCUGAAGCUGUGCUUCCUCGGUAUCCUCCGGUACGAGAUCAAGGAAAUGAUUCAGAAGAUUAAGCUGCUGCAGACGGAAAUGUCCGGCGCAAUACUGAACGGGGUCGACUGCGACCAGCAGCAGAUCCAGCAGUUCACCUUAUUGCAGCAAGUGACGAGCACCUCGGUGAACGGGGGCAUCCACGCCGAGCCGAAGGUGGGCAAUCGGGACCGGGAGCGAACGCGCGUCGGCUCGGCGGAAAGCGAACGGGAGUCGCUGCUGACGCAGGACAACACUCCCAAGCAGAUGCUGAAGCACAAGCAGCUCUACACGUGCAUCAACGAACAGCAGCAGCAGCCCCAGCAGCAACAGCCACAUUCAUGCAGUGGCGGUGCCGUACCCAGUGGAAGUGGGGCUGCUGCGGGUGGAGGUGUUGGUGAGGCCGCAUGUGGCUGCGAGUCGGACACCAACUCCAACUGUGCGCUGCUGGUGGAGGACCCGAACACCGCCUCGCUGCUGUCAUCCGCGACCGGCACGACCAAGACAAUAAACGGUAACAACAACUACGAGCUGUGCGAGUUCGACGCCAAGGUGCCCACCUACAGACUGCUGAACGCCCCGACGGUAACUAAGAUCUGA